UUGUUUUUGCGAGAAAACCGUGAGGAGCAUCGUGAAUUUUAUUUUGAUUGAAAAUUUGUAAUGUGAACGCUAUUGUAGCGUUAGUUGGUGUCUUAGUGCGUUGUUAUUGUUUUGUUUUACGUAUGUACCGUCAGCUUCCCAAGUGGAGCUCCUAAGAAGGCUACUCGCCAUGGCGGGGCCGUCGGACGGCGAGCCCGAAGGCUGGGCCGAGUUUUGCGAGCGUCAGGCCAAAGCGGCCGCUCAGGACUUCGCCAAGACCUGGCUGCAGUACAUACACACCAGCGGCAAUGACCCCCAACGGCCUCAAGUCACAAACAAGGAGUUAGUGAAAAAAUUCUGCGACUGCUUCUCCGAUCAGUUCGAAUUUGAGUUAGUGAAGUUAAAAACGCUAAAUAAAGUCCCGAACGGCACUCACACAGGCCACGAUGAGAGUGACUACUCAGAGGACACGGAUUCUCCUAAAACGCAGCACAAGCCAUUCUUUCGCAGGUUAUCUUUCAAAUUGCGACGCGGUAAGGGUUUAUUUAAACAACAUUCGGAUGAAGUUGAACUGUCGUCGAAUUUGAAUAAACACAAUAAGACUAAACUAGCUAAGAUAGUAGUAGAGUGUAGGAAAGAAGGUCUGGUUAAUUAUUUGACCCCGGAAAGCUUAGAGCAGCCUGGAGGUCCUCAGAAAUGGGAGAGAUGUAGACUGGCACUUGUGAAGACUGUUGGAGGGUAUAUGCUGGAGUUCUAUUCCCCGCCGAAGGCACAGAAACCUCGCAGUGGUGUUUUUUGCUUUUUAAUAUCAGAAGCGAGAGAGACCACUGCUUUAGAAAUGCCUGACCAUGAAAAUACUUUUGUAUUAAAGGCAGACAACAAUAUGGAAUAUGUAAUAGAGGCGGCAGACGUAGACGAUAUGAAAUCCUGGCUGGCCACGAUCAAAUACUGCAUGAGAUCUCCGCCGACCACACAACCACCGCCCGAUGCGCUACCCGGCUUGCCUGAGCCGGCGCCACCAGACCUUCCGCCUCGGAGGGACCUGCCUCCUAGCACUAGUAACACUGACCUUGCCACGGAUACCCCGGAAGAGGCUGAAUUAGGUUCAAUAGCAGAAGAGGCGUGCGAAUCCUCCCGCGUGUCUCUAGCGGAAUGGCCGUGGUUCCACGGCACGCUGGCGCGCGCGGCGGCGGCGGCGUGCGUGUUAGCCGGCGGUGCUGCGGCGCACGGCUGCUACCUGGUGCGCCAGAGCGAGACGCGCCGAGGGGAAUAUGUGCUCACCUUCAACUUCCAAGGUAGGGAGUGUCCUCCCUGUCCCGGCUCGCUGGCGCGCGCGGCGGCGGCGGCGUGCGUGUUAGCCGGUGGUGCUGCGGCGCACGGCUGCUACCUGGUGCGCCAGAGCGAGACGCGCCGAGGGGAAUAUGUGCUCACAUUCAACUUCCAGAUUGACAUCUACAGGUGGACAUACGCCUCCGCCUCGCCCGCGCCCUUCACGCACGCGCACAACGUCAUCACCUACCACCCGGCGUCCGCGCGCGCGUAG